AUGUCGAAAAUCUCAAACCUAGACUAUGCUGCCUUUAAUCUCUCUGGAGACAACUAUUUUCCACGGGCACUUGACACAAAGAUUAACUUGAGAUCAAAGGAACUCGGUGAUGCUAUCAUCGAGGGCAACAAUGAGACUGAUAAGAGUCGGUACAGGGCUAUAAGUAUUAUACGCCACUAUCUCACUGAGGGUCUAAAAGAUCAGUACCUCACCAUGGAGAAUCCACUAGACCUUUGGACCGCUUACAGCGACGAUAUGAUCACUUGCUAUUACCAAAGGCUAAACAUGAGUGGAAGAAUCUCAGAUUCAUGGACUAUAAAAGUAACCGAGAAAGAGUUGCUUGAUAAAACAUUCUCCACGUUCCAUUCGACGAAUGUGUUGCUGCAACAGCAGUAUAGAGAGAGAGGCUUCGCCUCAUACACAUAUCUGAUCUCGUGCCUACUCCUGGCCGAGGCUAAUAAUGAACUCCUGAUGAAAAACAGUGAGAUGAGACCCAUCGGAACAGCAGCAUUACCAGAAGCCAAUGAGGCUGAAAAGAAAGAUCCCAAAGAGUGCAACCAUGUCCAUGAUGAUAAGAGAUCACACGGCAAAGGCCGUAGUAGAAACAAAGGACGUGGCCGUGACAACUACUCAUAUGGUCUAGCUAUGGCCGUGGUCGAGGCGGCAUAUCCAAACCGUCUAACUCGUCCAAAUCAGCUUGUCAUAGAUGCGGGAUGA